AUGCUGCAGAAAGCCAUGACAAACUUUGGCAAAAAGUUGAUCCGGCGACGUGUGCUGGACCUGAGCUCAGAAGAGACCCGUUUUGCCCGUUGCCUCUCCACCGUGGGACUGGUAGAACUUGGAGGCCGGAGUAGCACCCUGGGGGACGGAUGUUAUAUGUAAGCUGGCAGGGCUGGGCGUGAAGGAUGCUGACACAUAUACAUUGUGCUCUGCUUCUUCAUUGCGGCUGUCUCAUCAAUUCUUGCUGGGCUGUGCUAUGCAGAGUUUGGAGCCAGGGUUCCGAAGGCUGGUUCGGCCUAUCUCUACAGCUUUGUGACUGUCGGGGAGAUCUGGGCCUUUACCACAGGAUGGAACCUCAUCCUAUCGUAUGUGAUAGGUACGGCAAGUGUUGCUCGUGCCUGGAGCUCUGCCUUUGACAACAUCAUUGGCAAUCACAUCUCCACCUUCUUCCGGAACAGCACUGCCCUGCACUUGGAGAACGUGCUGGCUGAAUAUCCUGACUUCUUUGCCCUCUUCCUGGUGUUGCUGCUGACAGGCUUGCUAGCAUUUGGUGUGAGUGAAUCUGCGCUAGUGAACAAAAUCUUCACUGCAAUCAACCUGCUGGUCCUCAGCUUUGUCAUCAUCUCUGGCUUUGUGAAGGGCGAUGUCAAGAACUGGAGUGUGACUGAGGAGUAUUAUCAGAACCGGUCGCAAGAAGCUCUGAAGACUGGAAUCACGGCCGGCAAUUUUGGGUCAGGUGGCUUUUUCCCCUUUGGUUUCAAGGGGGUCCUCACUGGUGCUGCAACUUGUUUCUAUGCCUUUGUUGGAUUUGACUGCAUCGCAACCACAGGUGAGGAGGCUCGCAACCCCCAGCGCUCCAUCCCCAUCAGCAUCAUUGUCUCCCUUCUCAUCUGCUUUGUGGCCUACUUUGGGGUUUCUGCUGCCUUGACCCUGAUGGUACCCUACUUCCUGGUGAACAAGGAGAGCCCCCUGCCUGAGGCUUUCAAGGAUGUGGGGUGGGAGCCUGCCCGUUAUGUCGUGGCCAUUGGCUCACUCUGCGCCCUCAGCGCAAGUUUGCUCGGCUCCAUGUUCCCAAUGCCGCGAGUCAUAUAUUCCAUGGCUGAAGAUGGGCUCCUCUUUACGUGGCUGUCCCGGGUGCACAGCCGCACCAAGACUCCCUUGGUGGCUACCGUUGUGUCGGGCAUCAUAUCUGCCUUGAUGGCAUUCCUGUUUGAGCUGAAGGCCCUGGUAGACCUCAUGUCAAUUGGCACCUUGUUGGCAUACUCACUGGUAGCUGUUUGCGUUCUCAUCCUCAGAUACCAGCCUGAGAUCGGCAGCUCUUCCAAGGACGUGGAGAUGUUGGAGGUGAAUGGAAGUGAAGAAGAGAAGGUGAUAAUGAAUUCAUCAGUCAACAGCAAUCAGACUAGACUCAAAGAGAAGUUCACCUGGGGGAGCCUUUUCUGCCCUUCUGGGGAGUUCCCAACCAACAUUUCGGGACGCACUGUUUACAUCUGCACCACAAUUGUUUCUGUCGUGAUCGCUGUCCUGUGCGGGUUCCUGGCACAGAAGCGGGAAGCACUCAUGGAUGGCAGCAUUGGUUGGACUGUGGCAUGUGCACUUCUCCUGGGUAUUUCUGUGAUUUUUGCAAUUAUCAUCUGGAGGCAGCCAGAAAGCAAGAAGCGCCUCACUUUCAAGGUGCCUGCCCUGCCGUUGCUCCCUCUUUUCAGUAUCUUUGUGAAUAUCUAUCUCAUGAUGCAGCUGGAUGCAGGCACAUGGGCCCGCUUUGGUGUCUGGAUGGCCAUAGGCUUUGCCAUCUACUUUGGUUAUGGGAUCCGGCACAGUGUAGAAGCACAGACCACUCGGCAAUCACAGUUAACGACAAACAAGCCUCUGAAUUCUGCCAGCUCUGACCCGAGUCCAGAUACAACUAUCUGAGAGAAGGAGGUGAUGGUUCUCCAGUUGCCCUGCCCUCCACACGACAGCUGUCUUUGAGCUCUUGCCUGUCUCCUGCCCUUCCACAUAACAAGCAGGAGAGGGAAAGAUCCUGGGCACAUUGCUUCCCCUUGUACACUGCAGUAAACCCAAACAAGGUUAUCCUGCUGAGGAGACAAAGCAAGCACCAACCUGAAGGGCAAGGGGGGCAGAUGCAAAGCACUGCAGCCCUCUUGCCCUUGGAAAAAGCUGACCGGCAGGCAAACUGCCAUAUAUACCUGAUGUCUGUAUUUAUUGUCUGGCCAUACAGUUGCCUUUCUUUUGUAGUAAGAAGCAUGUGUGUAUGUAAGGUGAUUAGAGGUCAAAAAAAUGGGGUCCCAGUGUGCUUUGGUUGUAAGUUUUUGCUUUCCUUUUAACUUUCUUUGUAUUUUUUUUGUCAGAAAUGUUUGUGUUUUAUAUGAUUAAAAAUCCAAAUAACUUUUUUCAUAAAAAUAAGGAAGGUUGAUCUGUCUUA